UGCACUGCGUGAUGGGGGUUCUCAGCCGCGGCGAAAACGGCGGGUCCGGCAUCGCCGUUGUCGAUGACAGCGACAUGCCGGUUUACAAGGAUAAACAAAACUGGAACCAGCACGAAAAAGCCCCGGGCCUGGCAACCUCCAACGCGGUCUACUUCAACGGGGACUACAACCCGGACCAGUUCACCCUCGAGGGGAACAAGGACUACUACUUUUUCGCCUUCGGGUCUGAGCGAAAUGCGUACAAGAAAUCCCUUCUCGCCUUCCGGGAACUGUCCGGACCGCAGCCGCUGGUGCCCCGUUACAAUUUUGGCUACUGGCUGAGCUACUGGCAGUGGGCGACCAUGCGGACGGUAGGGAAUGAAGGCGGGCUGCCGUUCAAAGCGCCCUGGUCCAUCCCCUUCACGCUAGAAAUGUUCGACCAGGUGCUGAAGAACAUGUUUCAGGCCCUGGGGAUGCCCAUCGACGUGUACGUGCUGGACAUGCAGUGGAUCAACAUCAAUGGCGGGGCUGACCUAGCAGGACCGCGGGACCGCCUGGGAAGCGACCUCGGGUUGAAAACGAACCCGUACUGGGGGGCGUACAAACCCGACCCCGAGAUGGGGGACUUGGAGACAUGGCACAACCGCUGGACGGACAACGACACGGGCGGGUUGCAGAUCUCCUACAACGUGCACCCGCACGUCGGGGCGCUGCGAGAUCUUUGGAUGGACGAGACCAAAUACGAAAAGAUCGUGACCGAAAUCGGGUGCGACCGGUCGAUCGGCGGGUGUUUCUGGGGGCACCACGCGGAAAACACGAAAUUUGUAAACAUGCUGGACGACGUGGCCAUGCCGAUCCAGAUAUCGUAUGUAAAAACGUACCCACACCAGAGGCAGGAUGGGGAUUUUGCAACACAAACCUAGGAGCUUUGUGAGUCACGCAUGACAAGUUGCACUCUGCAGUGUAGUGCAGGUUAGCAAGUGCAGCCGCGUCACAGAUUCAUCUGCUCAUCCUGUUCACAGCAUCACAAAUUCCAAAACACGACUGAGAAUGGUUCUCAUGGGGAUGCGCAUUACAAAUCUUCCUGUCUUUGCAAAUCUGCAUUACAACUCUGGUGUGGGUACGUUUUUACUCAGGACGCCAGAAGUCCUGGAUUCCCUGGUGGGACUGGCAGAGCGGGGACUACAUCCGCAUUUCCGUAUGAGUUGCAAAAGUAUCCGAUACUUGUAUAAAUGCAUUACAAAUUAUUUCCUCAGCAUGAGAAAUAAAAUUUGCAAUGCGGAUUUACCUCAAAAAAAAGAUUUGCAAUGCAUGAUUGCAAUACGAGUAUCAGAUACUUUUGCACAGGAUAUUCCGCCAAUGCGAACAACAACGAGUGUCGCCAAGUCGGCGACAAGUGGCCCUGCGGAGAGUACGAAACCAAGAAUUGGUUUCCACUUCACUCUAUCGCCCGCGUGACCUACGACGGCCCCGCGCGGCGCCAGGAGGACCGGCGCGGGCUGCAGAUGACGCGGUUCAGCGGGUACGGGGCGCAGCGGUACCCGUUAGGGUUCGUGGGGGACCAGGACAAAAACUGGGAGGCGCUGGCCUUCUCCCCCUACUGGACGGUGACGGCGAGCAACGCGGCCUACGGCUACUGGACGCACGACCUGAUCUGCUGCGACUGGAGCGAUCCGGACCGGUACCAGAGCUGGGAGAAGUACCUGCGCUGGUUUCAGUAUGGAAGCGUCAGGAUUGAAAUCCUCAAAGUUGAAAUAAUUUCUCAUGCACAAAUUGCAAGGCAUGAAGUGCCUCUCUUGCAGGGGUUGCAAAUGAGGCCGAUUGUAAGCCUGUUUCGGGUUUGGAAUAAAGCUGCUAAAGUAGCAUGACAAAAGGCGCCUUCUGUCCCUAAACAGCAUGACAAACUGGUUUUCGACGGUGCCGAAAUUUGUCAUACGCCGCUGGGAAAUUGGGCUUCCAGCUGGUAUCGAUUUUAUGCAUUACAACUUUGACGAUUUCAAUCCUGACACUCCCAUAUCCAGUUCGGCGCGCUGACCGGGAAUAUGCGGACCCACGACAAGGGCUCCGGUGCGAAGAGGCAAGACGGCGACAUGGGCGCGCACAUGCUGUUGUGGGACUGGCCUUUCCCGGUCAUGAACGCCGCGAAGCAGCUGUUGAUCUGGCGCACCAUGUUGAUCCCGUACUUGUACACCACCGCCUACAUCGCGACCUACACGAACGUGAGCCCGAUGCGCCCGAUCUACUACGACUGGCCGGAGUUCGAGCAGAGCUACACGGAGGUAGACCGGGACGAUUUCGAGGAGGUGGUCCCCUUCUCCUACAUGCUGGGCCACGGGUUGUUGACAAACCCGGUUGUGAAGUCCAACGGGGCCAACCCGAGUGCGGAUUACGACGUCCCGCGCGAAGCCGGGUAUUCGCACGACCGGGUCAAGCGCGCGCAAUUCUGGGUCUACAACGUGAACCAGUGGCCCUUCUGGCUGCCGCCCGCACGGGAUCUGUCCAUUGUCGGGCGUACUAGCGAGGGCAUGGGUAGUACUUCAGUUGAGGAGCAGGCUUCUCUUGACGUUCAGGAAGGGAAUGCUAGUGGUGGUGCUGAAGCAGCUACAGCAGGCUCUCGCCGUCUACUACUUCCACCUGGAGAUGAGCAGCUGCGGAAAAGCGGUCCAGUGUUUUGGUAUGAUCUCAUGCAGGGCCGGACCAUGUUUUCGAAGUCGAACAGUGCAGCAUCGACCGGGGACCAGCUGACGAACAAAAACAUGUACCUAAUCGACGAAUUUCCGCUGUUUCAACUCUCUUCCGUGGUGAUCCCGUUGAAUAUCCGGAAAUUCAUCAUCGGCGGCGCCACCCGGGAGAAGUACAUGCAGGGUCUCAUUUGGCAAGUCGUCGCGCCCGGGGCGCGCUUUUUUACACCGCCGGCUAACAGCGACAAUGAUCGUGCUUCUAGUCCUAUCGUCCAGCGCGGCCUGGUCAAGGAUGACGCCUACGGUUUGACACCGGACUAUGUGAACGGGAAAAAUCUGGAAAUCAGCUGUGUGGUCCUCUGGCAGUCCCGAACGGAAGUGUACGUCUUCUUGAAGGAGGACCGGAGCGCAGAUUUGAUGAUGUUAAAUGCAGACGAUAAAACAUCAAACUCGCUCGUCUCCCAAGACGACCGACGAUUUUCCCUGUUUUUGCACAACUUCGCGGGCACAGUGGUGGACGCUUCCUUUGCGAAAAACCCGGAUGCGAUCGCGGGCGUCGACUUUCCGAACGGGGUGGCCGAUGCGUUUGCCGCGUUGGAUAGAAGUACAACUUCUAGUACCUCUGCGGACGCAGCAAGUAGUAGAACUACUACGCAGCCAAUCUUACUCGACGAGUUACAACCCACCUUCCUGCGCCCAAAAGACGAGGACACGCCGAGCAGCAGUAAUGUGGACGGCGACGUGCAGACGCUCGGGCUCCGGACGGUGACCGCGUGUGUUUUGUCCUGCACGCGGAUCCAGAACAUCCGGCUCGGGGUUACGAAGUUGGUUUUGGAAGAAAAGAUCGCGGAGCCACUGCUCCAGGGACUGCGGGGGGCAGACCGGAAAGUGGGCCGCGCGCGCGGAAAGCGGGAGGUGAUCAACGCGGAGCCGGGGGGUGGAAUUAACAUUCCGGAGUGGAAGGACGGGAAAAUCACGAGUUUGGAGCGGACGGUCCGGGAUUUUUGGGACGACGCAAAGUCCGCGAUGGGAAGGGUGGACAAGGACCAGGAUUACGUCACUUACGCGCUGUUCGAAACUGCCACGCAGCUGAACACGGAGGAGUUAUUGUGAACUGGAAAGAAGCUGCAGCUGUUCUUGUUGUGGUGCUGCGGUCGUGUUGACAUUCACAAAAGUUGUCGUUUCGAAUGUACAGUAAACCACCUUUUCAGUUUCUACACACAUGACGUACAUGCACAUUUCAGAUUUCUAUUUUGCCCACUAAUUUUGCUGAGUUUAUUUUGCUACCCUUGUCUCGUCCCCCAGGUCAGUACUAAGGCCCCAAGUUGUAGUAUUUCGACUUCUCGUUUUCGAUUUGAAUUACAUUUUGAAGCACAUAAUACAUAGCUUAUGUUUCCGUACACUGUUUUCUCACGACAUUGAUCUUCGUUACUUUCUUCUCGCGGUUGCGAGACCCUCUCCCGCUCUGUGAGCAACGCAAUGCACGCCCCAUUCAAUUGCCACCUGCCCGUCUUCUACUUUUUGCAGCAACCCUGUCGAUGAAGUAAGAUCGAUGACCAAAUUUACCUCCCAGUUAUUUUUGAGACAGGACUGUGGUUUUCGUUUUUUGCGUGUUUUCGUUUCAUGUCGUGAUGAAGACGUCGUGGCAGAUCGUGAAACAUCAAAUCGUGCUGCCAAGUUUUCGUAUGCGGUUUUAACAUCGUGUCAAUUUCAUAGCUCGUACUGAUAGAUGAUGCUAAAGUUUUCGUUCAUUCUGUAUUGUCGUUCCAGGUCUAACCUCCUUCGUAAUACCAUCGUGCUUCCUGAACUGCAUUCAUUUGCAGCUGGCAAGUAUUGAAGGGAAA